GGAAGUGUGUGUUCGCUCACUGCUCCGUUAGAUACGUUGUCUUUUGCCCGGUUUUAACCAAAAAAUAUUAGUAAAAUAACAUAGCAUUUCGCAUAUUUUGACCUCAUGAAACCCACCGGAGGAAGAGAUACAUCAGGUAAUAUAGAUGUGUCAUUAUAUGUGCUCGGCAGCAUGACUUGGUUCGUCGGAAUUGUACAUGUUAUAACAGUUUAGCCAAAUUGUUAAAAGAACAACAACGAUAUACCCCAUGGGAAGCAUGUAGGAACGAUAACGAGAGACAUAGAGAGAAAGAAACGAGAAGGUCCAUAUCCCACAGUUCCGGUCACUGAAUUAUCUCCCAGGAUUACCGACAACUUUUUCCUCUCCUAAGGGUGUUGAAGCUUCACGUCCAUUGAAGACAUACAAAUUAAUCAUGUGCAUGUGACUAUUUUUAAUUUUGAAAAAAUGUCUUUAAAACGUGAUUUGAGAUCCCUUGGUUUUGAUCCGUCUCACAAAAAUUGUUUAGCCGGAGAGGAAUUAACCAAGGUGUAUUUGAAGCAGCGCAGAUCAGUCCUGGAGAAAGCACUGCAUGAAGAAUCACCUUUUCCACGUCUUGAAGAAAUGUCAAAACCAGAGGCAUAUGUCGUGGAGAAUAACGACAAGCUUACCAUACAGUGUCAUUUUUGUGGCAACCACAUGGCCAUGGCAACACUUCCUCCUCCUUUCCAACUCGUCAUGCCUAGUGAAGGAAGAGAAGCAAAGUCAGUGGAGAGCAGAGAUGCCGCUGUCCAAGUGGAUCUGCCGCCUACAACGAUGCUAAUGUUAAAGACCAGUAACAAGGAACACGACUCGGCCGGCCGCAGUCCUCAUGGGAACACCACAACCGGGCGCACCACGGCCGGAACCGCCACGGCGUGGUACGCCACUGUCGGGGGCCCCGCGGCUGGGUACCCCAUGGCCGGGUGCCCGCCAGCCUUUCUGAUGGACCCCAGCCCAUCUUCCAACUCAUCUCUGUCCCCACCUGGAUGGAACACCUCUGCUGGGACCACUGUUGGGAGAGGUGUGUCCCAAUGGAACACGUCUUCGCUAAAUGAAUCGGUGACCAAGCAGCACCAGGAGGCCCAACUGCCCCCAGUCGACCCAGUCCGAUCCACUACUCCCAUCUGCAUCUCCUCCUCUUCCUCCUCGGCUUCCUCCAGCCCCUCCUCAUCGCCCCGCCCCCACUCCUCGUCCACGUUCCUCCCAGUCACUCUUCCCAACCUCUAUACUUCCCUGACGCAAACCAAGAAGGCCCUGACGCAAACCAAGAAGGACCUGCCGCGACUAAAGAGGAUCCUGCCCAAACCCAGAACUGGCCUGCAAAGCCCCGGGCCCCCAACCCUGAGCCCCCAAUCCUGCACCUCUCUGGGCCUCCGAGCACCUCCCUCUCCCCUGUUUUCCUCCCCCCCUAGGACCAGCAGCCUUGACUUGGAGGAGGGGGUGGACCUCACCCCUCCUGGCCUCAUAGCUCCUCUAAGUCCGCGGCUAGCAGAGGAGGAGGAGAACGAGGAGGAGAGCCAAGCGAAAGAGGCUGUCGCGGGAGGGACGAGGGGAGCGCCUCAUGAGUGUUCUGUUUGUCUCAGGGACAUGAAGACCAAGCAGCGGCUGAUGGUCCACUUCAGGGUCCACACGGGAGAGAGGCCCUUCAGGUGUGAGUUAUGCAGCUGUGCCUUCGCACAGGUGGGAAACCUCCAAUGUCACGUGAAAAGCAAGCAUCCGCUGGCGAUCCCAGAACCCAGUGGUGGCCGCAUGCGCCGAAAAUCCUCAAAAAAGGUUGCCAUGGCGGGCGACGGCACUCCUAGCCCCCCCAAGGCAGCAGAGGUAAACGCUUCUGUUGGUUUCCAGGGAGCCAACAAAGCUCUGAGCGAUUCUAGGAACGCUAGCAAUGCUCCUGCUGAAUCCAGGCUAGCGGCCUCUGAAAACCUUGACAUUGACCGCACUGCGGGCAUUGAAUUGACUAACGUGGCUACCAUUGCUAAUGACGUUGUUGGUCGUGAACCCUCCAGUUUCCCAACUGACUUCCCAAGGAGUAGGGACUUCAGUGCUUGGGACGUCCACAAUGCCAUGGAGCUCAACCCAGUCAUGGAGGUCGAUGAUGCCAAGGGAAAGGGCCUGGAGGAGGCGGUGGGUCCUGGCUUUCCUCCUGGACUCAUAGCUCCUCUUAGUCCGCAGCUAGCAGAAGAGGAGGCGGUGGGUCCUGGCUGUCCUCCUGGACUCAUAGCUCCUCUUAGUCCGCAGCUAGCAGAGGAGGAGGGGGUGGGUCCUGGCUGUCCUCCUGGACUCAUAGCUCCUCUUAGUCCGCAGCUAGCAGAGGAGGAGUCGGUCGAGGAGGCGGGCCGAGGAAGUAAGGCGAUGGCUGGAGUGACGACUGGACGGCCCUUUGAGUGUUCCAUUUGUCACAUUGACAUGAAGACCGAGCAGCAUCUCCAGAUCCACUCGAAACUCCACACCGGCUACUGGUGUGAGUUAUGCAGGAUUUCCUAUAAAUCGGGGAAAACCCUUCGCUUUCACAUGAAGCGGAAGCAUCCGCUGGCGAUCCCAGAACCCAUUGGUGGCCACGUGCCCUGCAAAUUCUCAAAAAAGGUUGCCAUGGCGGUCGGUAGCGCUCUUAGCCCCCCCAAGGCAGCAGAGGUAAACGCUUCUGUUGGUUCCCAGGGAGUGAACAAAGCUCUGACUGAUUCUAGGAAAGCUAGAGAUGCUCCUGCUGAUUCUAAGCUGGCUGGGAACGACAACAUUCAUAUUGACUGCGCUGCGAUCAUUGGAGAGACUACCGGGGCUAACAUUGCUAAUGACGUUGUUGGUCAUGAACCCUCCAGUUUUCCAACUGAUAGAGCGUUGAGUAGGGACUUUAGUGCUGGGGACGUCCACAACGCCAUGGAGCUCAAUGUCAUGGAGGUAAACCCCGACGUGGUGGUCAAGCCCAACGUGGAGGUCAACCCCAUCCCAGAGGUCAACCCCAUCCCGGAGGUCAACCCUGACGUGGUGGUCAAGCCCAACGUGGAGGUCAACCCCAUCCCAGAGGUCAACCCCAUCCUGGAGGUCAACCCCAACGUGGUGGUCAAGCCCAACGUGGAGGUCAACCCCAUCCCAGAGGUCAACGCCAACGUGGAGGUCAACCCCAUCCCGGAGGUCAACCCCAUCCCAGAGGUCAACCCCAUCCCAGAGUUCAACCCCAACGUGGUGGUCAAGCCCAACGUGGAGGUCACUCCCAUCCCAGAGGUCACCCCCACCCCGGAGGUCAACCCCAACGUGGAGGACAAUGGCGUUGAAGGGGUCAAUGAUGCCAAGGGAAAGGGCCUGGAGGAGGCGGUGGGUCCUGGCUGUCCUCCUGGACUCAUAGCUCCUCUUAGUCCGCAGCUAGCAGCGGAGGAGGCGGUCGAGGAGGAGGGCCGAGGAAGUAAGGCAAUCGCUGGAGUGAGGACGGGGACGCCCUUUGAGUGUUCUUUUUGUCACAUGGACAUGAAGACCAAUCAGCUUCUCCAGAUCCACUUAAUAGUCCACACGGGGCGCUACAGGUGUCAGUUAUGUGGCAUUGCCUACAUAACGGUGGGAUCCCUUACGAAUCACAUGAGGCUGAAGCAUCCGUCCAUUUCGAGUUUCCCCACGGCAGCAGACGCUUAUGUUGGUUUCCAGGAAGCCACCAAAUCUCAGACUGAUUCUAAGCAAGCUAGCUCCGGAGAGGCUAAUGUUUCUAACAUUGACAACACUGCUAGCUCCGGAGAGGCUAAUGUUUCUAACAUUGACAGCACUGCUAGCUCCGGAGAGGCUAAUGUUUCUAACAUUGACAGCACUGCUAGCUCCGGAGAGGCUAAUGUUUCUAACAUUGACAGCACCGUUAGCUCCAGAGAGGAUAAUAUUUCUGACAUUGACAGCACCGCGAGUUCGAGAGAGGCUAAUGUUUCUAACAUUGACAGCACCACUAGCUUCGGAGAGGCUAAUGUUUCUAACAUUGACAGCACCACUAGCUUCGGAGAGGCUAAUGUUUCUAACAUUGUCAGCACUGCAAGCUCCGGAGAGGCUAACAUUGCAAACGGUUCUGCCUUUGGUUUCAAGGAAGCUAGCAAAGCUCCUACUUAUUAUAAGCAUGGUGGUUACGACAUUGGCAUUGACAGCGUUGUUGACGAGGUCAACGGCAUUAUGGAGGUCAACCCGAUCACGGAGGCCAAUGAUAUCAAGGGGGAGUUCAAAGACAUCACAGAGGUCAAUGACGUCUCUGAACUCAAUGUUGUCAGGGAGGCUUCCAAUGAUGUUAAGACGAAGGUCUAUGGUGUCAUGGAGCUCAAUCAUAUGGAGGACACAAACGCUGUGGUUGGCAGUGAUAUCACAGUUCUCACCAGGAGAACCCGGAGAGACCAUCGGGAGCAGAGGAAAGACUUCUUCUGUCUUGAGUGUUUAGAGUGUUUCCGCAUGGAGGAAGAUCUCAUGAAACACGAAUACGAGAAGCACCCGCAUGGGGAACAACCCGAAAGCAACGACGACAACAGUAGAAGCCCGGAGCCGUUUGUUCAUCAACUGAGGUGGAGCUCUGAAGAAAACCUCUUGGCGCUUAGCACAGACUCGGAGCCAAUGAACUCUGGCGAAGUCGAGACGAAACAGACAUUGCGGCAAGGUCGAAAGAGGAAAGCUAGUUCCCCCAGACUUUCCGAAAUCCCAGUGGAAAGGUCGACGGGGAAACGUAAAGUAAAAAAGAGAGUGCCAAAGAGUUACACAGGCUCUGGAGCCAGGGGCGGAAUGGAUGCUCCCAAGCCUGCGUUUGGAGAGAUCCAUAUUCAGGGCAGACCCCAGAAGGUUCCACAACCCGUGGAGAAAUACUUUAAAUGUGUCAGAAUGAGUGCACGGAGCUGGCCCUGCAAAACUGCACUGCAAAACUCAACAGAUACACAAGGAAGACCGACGGAUACAACAGCUGGCCAGACAGAAACACCAGGCAGGCAGACACACACACCAGACACAUUGGCCAGAAGGAUAGACCAACCAGACAGACAGAUGGACACACCAAACAGACAGACAGACACACUGGCCAAACGCACGUGCACAAUGACCGACAACCAAGGCAGGCAGACAAUCACACAGCCAGUGAAUGACGGUGACGGUGAAACCAGUAAAGAGUACCCGGUUGGAGUGGAAGCCAGCAGAGAAGAGAGACACACUGGAACAGAGAGACAGGAAACAGGCUCAACGUCUGAAGCCCCAGAAAGAGUCAACACGCUGGACGGAAAUAUGCCAGGCUUCCUAAAGCCCUGCUCCGUCAAGCUCUUCUGUUUGCCACAGCAUACUCUAGAGGCGCAUCGCAUUAAGGGAUUGAAAGGAACUCUAUUCUAGAAGCUUCUUAUCUGCCAAGGUCUUUGUUGCGGUUCCGGGGGCAUGCUAAGAAACUGCAAAUUUAUGAAUUUACCUGCUGGAUUUCUAUGUGAAAUUCAAAUACAUUGACACUUUUUAAUUACUUAUAUACUUUUUACUUUUUAUGUAUUCAUUUUAAUGAAAGUAGACGGUUGUAUCAACUUCCUAUAUCUAUUGUUUCCCUGGGGCCUUGGAGUUCACAGGCCAUUCAUUUUUGACAGUGUUGUUAAAAGUAUUGUUUCAGACAUAGUUUAACAUGAAACAUAGUGUUGUCCUAUAGUUUUUAAUGGCGGACAUUAACUCCCAUUGUGGACUUACAUGUGGUGCCUUGUUGUAAAAAAAAAGUGUUUGACUCGCUCUCUUGCAUGGAAAUAAUUCAAAUUUUAUUGACAACGAAACUCAGAAUAAAAAGUUUAUUGAAAUAUA